AUCUUCGGCUAUGACUUAUUUUGAAGAACGCAUUUUUUUGCAAACAGUGUAUACAGUAUCAAAAACAUCCCCGCACAAUGAAGCUUUUAAUUUAAAAUGUUUCAGAGACGAUAUAUUUCUUUCAGCGUGUAUGCAUUAUGCAUCCUGAGUACAUGUUACCUCAUUCCAAUAUGUUCCUGCGUGAAGGAUUUAGUGCUUGCUGGCAUAUUUCCCAUAACGGGAAAGGGUGGCUGGGCUGGAGGGGUGGGAUGUUACCCUGCCGCCCAGUUGGCGCUGGAACAUGUUAACAACCAUUCCGGUCUCCUUCCGGGAUACCAUCUCACUAUGCAUUACAACGAUAGUGAGUGCGAACCGGGAAAAGGAAUAACGAUUUUAUACGACCUUUUAUAUAAUGAGCCCCAGAAAAUAAUGCUACUCGGUCCAGGCUGUUCUACUGUGACGACAACAAUUGCAGAAGCAGCCAAAAUGUGGAAUCUCGUUGUUAUGUCUUAUGGAUCUAGUUCUCCAGCUUUAUCGGACAGACGGCGGUUUACAACGUUUUUUCGGACACAUCCUUCCGCUAACCUCAAUAAUCCGGCUUAUAUUCAGCUUUUUAAGCACUACGGUUGGCAAAAGAUAAAUAUCAUCCAAGAGGCAGAGGAAGUAUUUGUGUCGAGCGUCGAAAAUUUGGAAAGGUUAUGCAAGCAGAAUAAAAUUGAGGUGGUCACGCGGCAGUCGUUUUUAAAAGAUCCCGCGGAAGCAGUGAGAAAUUUAAAUCGCUCGGAUGCCCGGAUUAUUGUGGGGCUGUUUUACGAGAAACCGGCACGUUUGGUAUUCUGUGAAGCCUACAAAAAUAAUCUGUACGGGAAGCGCGUUGUAUGGUUGAUUAUCGGUUGGUAUGCCGACAACUGGUACGAAGUCGAUCCGGAUAAGGAUCCGGAUGUGAAUUGCACCAAGGAAGAACUGAAAGAAGCACUGGAAGGCCAUCUUACAGCGGAAUCGUUAAUUAGAAAUUCCAACAAUGUCUCCACCCUUUCGGGAAGGACGACGGAGCAGUUUUUCAACGAACUGGGAUCUCGGCUUACUACGAAACCGACGGAAACACCAGGUUACGUGGAAGCGCCGCUGGCGUACGAUGCGGUUUGGGCCAUCGCGCUAGCAUUUAACCGGUCCAUUCAAGAGUUAGCUAAAUACGGGAAACUGCUCGAAGAUUUUACGUAUUCCGACGAAUUCACAUCACAAGUCAUUUAUAACGCAACGCAGAAUACAGAAUUCGAAGGGGUUUCCGGUCGGGUUUCGUUCACGAGUGAAGGCGAUCGAAUAGCGCAAACCCAAAUCGAGCAGAUGCAGGAUGGCCACUACAAGAUUCUUGGCUAUUACGACCCGGAUAUCGAUGUCAUCAACUGGGAGAACGGCCGACCUCGUGAUCGCUGGAUUGGUGGGAAGCCGCCACGUCAUGAAACAUUAAAAUAUCCACAAUUCCGCAUUGUCGAACGCUUUCUGUUCUGGUCCAUGGUGACUUUGGCGGGUUUCGGCAUUGUUCUGGCGAUAUGCUGCUUAAUUUUUAACUUCACGCAUCGCAUGCGCAGGUUGAUUCAGCUAUCGCAUCCAAACAUCAACAAUCUCAUGCUUUUUGGCAUCGUAUUGUGUCUGAUAUCUGUGAUCUUACUCGGACUCGAUAAAGCAUUCGAUACAUUGAUCACAAAUGAAAGGUUUUAUAUGCUAUGCCAGGCACGGGCCUGGAUACUAAUGACCGGGUUUACGUUGUCCUAUGGAUCAAUGUUUUCGAAAAUCUGGAACGUCCAUAGACUCAGCACUUACGCAAAGAAAGAAAGCAAGCGCGAAGCUCGCCGAUCAGCCGGUAGAGGCAGUUUUCGCAAUAAUACCAGCUUCGCAGAAAUACGUACCUUCUCUUCCCUUGUGCAGACCCAGAAAGUGGAAUCAUGGCAAUUAUACAUAGUGGUGAUCGCACUGUUAGUAGUGGACAUUCUUAUUCUUGCGCUAUGGGCCGGUAUCCAUCCUAUGGAUCUGGCUCCAUAUAAAUUCCCACCGGAAAAGGCUACAGAUACGGAUGAAGAUAUUGAGUAUGAGCCUGUACUAUGGCAAUGUGCUUCUCCCCACGACACCAUCUGGAUGGGUGUCAUAUUCGCAUACAAGGGCCUCUUUUUAAUAUUUGGACUCUUCCUGGCUUAUGAAACGCGGAGUGUCAAAAUCAAAGAACUGAAUGAUUCCCGCUUCGUUGGAAUGAGUAUAUAUAAUGUCGUGAUAUUAUGCAUCAUUACGGCACCGGUGUCGCUGAUAAUCAGCAGGCAACAUAAUGCAAAGUUUGCAUUCGUUGCUCUUUCGAUUAUGUUCUGCAGUUUCCUCAGCAUGGGAUUAAUUUUCGUUCCAAAGAUUAUUGAGAUCUACAGAAGGAAAACAGAACAUUCUGACAGCAAGAAAUUGGAAGAUUCCAUUCCAUCUCGCGAGGAAGAGGAAAAAUAUCAAAAAUUGCUUGGAGAAAAUGAAGAACUGAAAAAGCAGAUUCAAGAGAAGGAAGAAAAGAUAAAGAUGCUUCAAGGACGAAUUAAAGAUAGAGCGUCAGAACGUGCGCGAUUGACGCUGGAGUAUCAGAAAUCCAAGGAGGCCGAACAGAAUGUUAGCAGUUCCUCCCCCAAACAAGCCGAGACAUCCGGCGAGAAUAUGGUUGUUCCAGAUCGGGUGGAGCAGAAACGCCAUAGUGAUUCAGCGCUUCCCAGCAGUACCGGUGCGUAAAUGAAUAUUCAACACUUAACAGUAUUCAAGAUAUUUAAUUGGGCAACUACUUUUAUCAAUGUCUUCUUUUGUUUGUUGCAGUACGUAUACAAUCUCCAUUUUGUAUAGAAAGAGCGCAAACAAAACGUUGUUGAUCAUGCUGUUUAGAGCUUGUUUUUAAUCUUAAAAAUAGAAGUGCUAAUGCGUAUGUACUCGUACUUAUGCUUGCAUUAGAUGUGUUGCGAACUCUGUUCCUGCGUUAAGUAGUAUAUUUGUCUUCGCUUCAAACAGUUUUCGUGGUCGUCUUGUGAUGUUUUUCCCAAGUGCUGGUUAUGCUUGCCACACUGUGAUAAAUUCAACAAUCAAAUUUAAUUUGAAAAAAAUUUAUUAAUAUUGCUGGUUCAAGCCUUACA